GCUGUGCAUGCUGAGAAAUUUGAAUAUGGAAGGCUUCAGCUUCUUUCUCUGCGCUGUCCACAGCCUGUCGCUCUGUGUGUUUAAAGAGCAUUAGCACACUGGCAGGCAGCUAGCUUCAGUCAGAUUAACUCAUUCAGCAAGUCUCAUUCAGAGCUGAGGCCUGGGCCAGGAGAUGACUACAAUAGGUCCUGAUUACUGUCACAUUGCCACACUGACGGAAUUGAUAGAACAAGAGAAAAGAGGAAACUUUCUCGUCUUAGCCAUAAUGUAAACUUAUUAAAUGCAUCAGUGUGUCAGUGUACUACACAACAUCAUGGCCUGCAGAUUCCUCUUCACCAAGUGUCUGCUUCUUACAUCAUUAAUCCUCAUUUUUAGUUAGUGUGUGUAAAGACUCUAUUCAUCUUACUCUUUUAAAUAUGGACGAUCAAAUUCUGAAUUUGAAAAAUAUUUAAGUUGAAAGUUUAUAGACUGUUUCUUCUUGUCUUUCCGUUCUUCCCAUAUUUCUUAUAUUUUUGCCUCUCUCAUAUUGUCCCUCUUUAUUUUUUUCCCUUUUUUUCUCUCUUUCUCUCUCUGGCUCUUCUACUACUGUCCUCUCUUCUUUCUUUCUUUCUUUCUUUCUUUCAGCCACAUGUUCUUUUUCUUUCUAUCAGCGUAUCUAAAAACCUUUCCUCCUUUCUAUAAUUUUUCUUUCUUUUUUCUUUUUCCAACUUGUAUUCUUGUAUUUGUUUUAUUUUCCUUCUCUCACAUUCGCUCUCUUUCUUUCUCUAUUUUUCUCUCUUACUCUCUAUUUUCUGUUGAAUUUCUUUCAGUCACAUUAUUAAGUUUUCUUUAGCCUUCUCUUUCGUUCUCUUUUUCCUGUAUCGCUUUCCCUCAUUUUGUCCCUCUUUCUUUAUGUCAGCUUAUUGCUGACUCUCUUCCUUUCUUUCCUGCUUUCUUGACUUUUUUGCUCUCUCAAAUUCUCUCUCUCUCUCUCUCUCUCUCUCUCUCUCUCUCUCUCUUGCGCUCUCCUAUUUCUUUCUUUCUCUACUGCUUUUAAUCUUUUGUUUAGAUAUGUAAAAGCUCAAUCCAUCUUGCUCUUUCAGAAACGGAUGAUCCUCACUGGUCACAUUGAUGGAAUUAAGGAAAUGACAGGCGAAGUUUAAUAGAUAGUGUGAGUGAAGCAUACUGUCAGUGUACCUCUGAUAGGGGCAUUGUGGGAAAAUAAUUGGCUUUUUGCUCAUGCAGAGACUCAAUGCAGACAGAGCAUUUAGCAUAUGGAGUAAGAUGAGUGGGCAUGCUUCCUGAUUAAUUCUGUUGUUUUACAAUAAUGUAUUAAACUUAUAAUAGGACAUAAGAGGAGUUUUUCAUUUGGUCACACAGACUGUUACAUGUUUUUUAGAGUUAGGGUUAGGCUUAUAGACAGAACUCAUUAUGGAAAUAUUUGCUUAAUAGUUGCAGUAAUAUUGGUAAUGGCAAUGCUAUAAAUUCUCUGCUAUAAACUGUACCACUGAUGAUGAGGAAAUGAUGGAUAUCUGACGAGCUACAAGAUGCUUCAGUUGCUGUUCUUGGCAGGAAAUGAAAAAGAAAGAUUCACACUCCAUUACUGUUUAAGUCGGAAACUUGAAUCCAAUCCAUUUCUUUAGCUGUGAACUCCAGGAAUAUGUAUGUCAGUCCCUGCAUUAUAAAGAGCGAGAACUACAGCCACUGAAUGUUUCUCUGGUUUUUGACAGCUGCUUCACUGGUAAGAUGGACACUUCUCUUUCCCUAAACAUAGGUUGACACAUUUUUCACUCUUUUUCCGCUCCACUUUCUCCUCCACCCUAGCGAGCAUUAGCCAUCCAUCACUCUCUGGUAUAGCCCACUUCCUUCUUCUAACCUCUCUUCUCUUUCUCUUCAUCUACAGCUGAUGCAGCAGCAGGCGGCCCUCAUGGCUGCAAGUCACGGUGGCUACCUGACACCCAGCGUGGCGUUCCCAGCCACCCAGAUCCACCAGAUGGGGGCACUGAACAUCAACAGCCUCCCUCCCACCCCCAUGACCCCGGUGUCGGGUGAGUUUCAUCAGCAUCUGGGCCUUAGCUCACCACCCGCAAACAUCACAUCUUCAGCCGUGCCCAGCAUUGUCACUCCAAUUGUCAACGGCUUCACUGGCAUCCCUCACCAGCCCAACGGCCACCCAGCAGUGGAAACUGUGUAUGCCAACGGCCUGCCCCCUUACUCCACCCAAAGCCCCACUGCUGCAGACACAAUGCAGCAGGCCUUCACUGGGGUGCAACAGUACACAGGUAUAGCUCACACUAUUCACCACAGGGCAUUUUCCCUCUAGUAAACUAUGAGGAGAGUAAUGGGCCGGGUGUCGAUCAUGCUCCCAUAAUUGUUUAUAGAUAAAUAUAUUUUGCAAUAUCUAGCGAAUAUUCAGGGUAUUGGGUAAAGAUACAUGGUAAGGUAAUGCCUUUAAACUGCUGUCCAUAUAACCCAAGAGUGUUGGAACUGUAUUCCCCUGUGCUCCCACUCAAUUCAACCCCUGAAUCUGGGAGAUGGGUCAGCUAGGGCUUUUGGAAAAUCCUUGUUAUUUUCCCCCGAUAUUAAGGGUCGCAAAAUACUGAGAACUUGUGUGUGUUCGUCAGGGUGUCAAAUAUAAGGCCACAUAAUGGGAGCAGCACAAUAAAGGUUCUAAUCUGGCCCAGUAAAUGAAUUUAGACUGGGGGUGGGGGUUAGGGAAUUAUGUUAUACAUAUAUAAGUUCAGUGAAUACUUAUAUAUGUAUGGUAAAAUCAUAAUUUGGAAAAUGUGGUUUCUUGCACUCUAAAAAAUGCUGGGUUAUUUUUUCUACCCAAAU